UUUCCAUUCAAAGUUCAAAUACCCAAGGCGUUCGUUGCCCUGUUAGGAUGUUUUGUAAUCGCACAACUCCAUGUUGUGGUCCUGAUGGUGUAUGUGGUGCUGGUCCCACCACCUGCGGUACUGGAUGUCAACGGGCAUACAGUGAAGAACUUUCUUGCAACUCAUAA